CUCCACGACCAGAGAAUCGACUCUGAUUGAGGAAAGACGAAGAUUAUCCUGUGAUUGGAGGAUCUGCUGUGUUUGCUUCGCAUUCACUACGGAAAAAGAUCAGGUGAGUCCAUUGUUUCGCAGCUUUCUCGGCCUCACUGCCACCGUUCGUUCAUCACGCCCUCAGCGCUCCCUUAUAGUCAGUCAGCCGCCUCAACUCUUGUGCUACGGACCGGGCCCUGUUCCUAUUGUUCUCAUUCACUGAAUAAGACAAACCUCACGGCCGGUCAUGAACACAUAGAAUCAUUGCUGCGUGUUGACGAGUGUUUCCUUUGUCACUUUUCCUUUGCUAUCCUGCUGUUCUGCAUCGUUCUUCUUACACCACUUCUCCUUGAACGACCUCUUGUCCCGCGGGCGUGACAACAUCGUUUUGGACUCGCUUCUAUAUACACAUACGCACUACUCACGAUAUAUUGCAUCUUUGACCAACGCGAUGAAUAGAUUCAUCAACAUGUUUUCCCCGCGGGACCCCCCGCAUCAACACACAUACCCCGAUGUGCCCGGCUCACUGCGGUCCGACUCGGUCGAGCUAUCUGGCUUCGACAAGAUCCAGGACGCCAGGGCCACAUCGGCAUCCAAUCUCACUCCCUAUCUGGGACUCCGUUCUCGACUCUCGCAAAUAUGGAUCAACCGAUGGACCAUCCUGCUACUCCUCGUCCUGGUCCGAGUGCUGCUGCUCAUCGCAUCACUCAACGACAAUGUGGGCUCGGCCAAGGAAAAGGCCCUCUCAGCAUGUACCAAGGUUGAGGACGUCGGCAGCUCCAUGGCAUCCAUGCCUCAUUACCUCUCGCUUGGUGUGAACGAAAUGGCGGCCAUGGGCGUCGAGACGGCCGUCAAGGCCAUGGUCUCCGUCCUGGAAAUGAUCCUCACGGGGGUGGAGAGCAUGAUCUUCUUCUUCAUCAAUUUCCUCGUGGGCACGUACGUCUGCCUCCUUACUGCCCUCAUCAAGGGCAGUUUGGACGCCGUUGCCUCCGUCACCGAGGAUAUUGGCAAGGUGGUCAACAAGCUCAUCGACAGCGCCACAGACGACAUUGAGUCCAUCUCCAGCGACAUUGAGGACGGCAUCAACAACAUCCUUGACGGUGUCACCGACUUCUUCAGUCCCGGAUCCAACGACAAGCCCGAGGUCGACUUCUCCAAGCCCAUCGCAGAGCUCAAGAACUUUGAUCUCGACCCCAAUGACUUUGCCAAGGACAUCCGCAAGGUCAACGAGCACAUUCCCAACUUUGACGAGGUCAAGAACAUCACCCAGGAGACCAUUGCCAUCCCGUUCGACUAUGUCCGCAAGGCCCUCAACGACAGCUAUGGCGACUACAAGUUCAAUCGCGAUGUGUUCCCCCUCGCGCAGAAGGAGAAGAUGACUUUCUGCUCGGACAACAAUACUCUGAACGACUUCUUCCAGAGUCUCUACGAUCUCAUCGCAAAGUCCCGCAUCAUCUUCAUCGUCGUUCUCGUGCUGCUGGCCGUGGCUGUCAUUGCACCCAUGGCGUGGUACGAGAUCAAGCGGUGGAGGCGCACGCAACGCCAUGCCCGUCUCGUGGAGAAGAACUCGUUUGAUCCGAUGGACGUGGUGUACAUUGCUUCCCGGCCCACCACCUCGAGCUUCGGCGUCAAGCUGGGCUCUCGUUUCUCCGGGAAGAGGCAGGUCCUGGUGCGAUGGUGCAUCGCCUACGCAACCUCUCCCUCGGCCAUCUUUGUCCUCUCGCUGGCCCUGGCCGGUCUCUUCUCCUGCCUGUGCCAAUUCAUCCUGCUGCGCGCGGUGCAGAGCCAGGUGCCCGCCCUCACCAAGCAGGUGGGCGAGUUUGCCGGCGAUGUCGUCGGCAGCCUGAACCACGUCUCGGAGGAGUGGGCUACCGACGCCAACGGCGUGAUGCAGGGUCUCGAGGACGACAUCAACGACGACGUCCUCGCCUAUGUCACCAACGCGACCGACGCGGUCAACGACACCCUGACCGUCUUCAUGGACAAGAUCAAUGACGGCAUUGAGACGGUGUUUGACGAUACCAUCCUCGUCGACCCCAUCAAGACCGUGGUCCGCUGCAUCAUCGGUCUCAAGGUCGAGAGCGUGCAAAAGGGCCUGACCUGGGUCCACGACAAGGCCCAUGUCGCGCUUCCCAUGUUUGCCAACGACACCUUCAGCCUCGGCGCGGCAGAGUCCAUCGACGGCGACUCGGACAUGAGCACCUUCCUCGCGGCGCCUGGGGAUGCCACCGAGGAUGAGGUCUCUGGUGCGGUGCAAAAGGUCGUUGACUGGCUGCGCAACGGCAUCGUCGUCGAGGCCCUCAUCUCCACGGGCAUCCUCCUCGUCUACGUCAUCGUCGUCCUUCUCGGUGUCAUCCGCGCCCUUGCCGGGAUGGCUAUGCCAGACAAGACCCGCGCCGAAGGGGGAGGCAAUGGCUUCCGCUUCACGGGGGAUGACCGUCCUCCUCUGACGCCUCGCUCGCAACCGCAGGCCUGGACAGGCGAAAGCGACCAGUUCCAGCCGCACGGUUCCGAGACGCACAUUGAGGGUGGCUACUACGGCAGUGGCGACGAGAAGGGGACCGGCGCAGUCGGUGCCCGGCCAAGACACAACGCAGGACACGUCCGGAACAGCUCCUACGGCGAGAUUGACCACGCGAGCAACAAGUUUUGAUCAUUCUUUUGUCUCUCACCCGAAAAGACAAAGCUACGAAAAAAAAAAAGGGACAUAACUUCAAGAACAUAUCAACUCGCCGGGCUGUGCUCGAAAGCAUUUCAACCGGAUGGGCGUUUAAGAGGGUUUUGGAUAAAGGCAUUUUUUGUGACGAGGCAUGACUGAAUGGAUUCCACCGUGACCACCACAAGUUUGGACCUUUACUCACUGGUGGUCGGUCUAUAAGCGGGAGUUUUUUUUUUUUUUUUUUUUUUCUUGUAGCCUAGGCAAGUCAUAGAUUGUUUAAGCCUUAGGUUGGACCUGAAUACAAAA